AUGACUGAAGAAUUGCAAACCCAACAGCAGCCACAAGCGGCACCAAUGCAGCCCCAACCGAAGCCACGACUUGGCCCGCAGGACUAUCGCAAUUCCGAGCUCGUUACGAAGCUGAUGGCCGCCAAUCCGCCCUAUCUGUACUCGCCAGCGGUCGGGCCUCAUAACUUUUUCUUCAGCGAAAUGCUUCGAUCGUUGGUGGCCAACAAGCGUAACGAAAGUCUGCGCAACGCAACGGAGCAACUUCACCAUCAUCAUCACCAACAGCAGCAGCAGCAGCAACAGCAACAUCAUUCCCAGCAACAGUCACAACAACCACCGGUUCAGCAUCCGACCCAUCUUACAAACCAUUUGGCACUGCAAGCGGCAUCAUCCCGACGGCCGCGCAAACGUUCCUGGAGUCAACACCGGUACAAUCCGGAGGCGUUAAAAGACGGCAAAGACACUGAAAACAGACGACCGGCGCAGCCCGAGAAACCGCUCGAGCUAACCAACAAGCUGUCGGCGUUUAGUCGAAACAUUACUUCAACGUCACAAAAAUACCCCGAGGGCCAUGAACCCUCCGAAGGGUUUAAAGCGCCAACGUUCCAUGAUCGGAAAUCGGACGACUCGAAAACGCCGACGGCUGGCGGAGUUUCGGACAAGUCUCCCAUCAACAAUUCGACCCUGAUACAGGAACCUUCGGCCGCUUCGAUGCCCCCGUCGGAUCUUAUUCUGCCUCCUCCACCACCGGUCUGGUACCCACCGCUCUAUCCCCCGUACGGUAUUGAUCCGCUGCACUUCUUCAUCGAUCUUCGCGUCUCGGGACAUAUUUACGAUCGCAAAAAGGAUUCAAACUCGUCGAACAGCUCGGAAGAUUCGGUACCGACGGUAAAGCGUGAACAUUCCAAGCUUAUCGGGACGGGAAAUGAUCGGCAAGGGUCGGCAUUUAGUGUGCCGAAGCCUCGCGAAUCGAUGGUCGGUAUCAAAACCAAUCCGAUCAAUCUAACCGCACCACAAGAGGACGGCGAUGGUGUCGCAGGAGAGAUCGGUUACGGUGCAAAGGAACCGGCCGAACAACAGGCGGCGACGAUGGGAUCUUUGUUUUUGGGUGAAGUUACUGAUCAUAAGACGAUCGAUGCGAUCAAGAGCACAAACUAUGUGCUGCAGAAUCUGCCAAGGAUUUAUGGAGAUUUGAAUGGCAAUCAUAAGAUCGCGGAUCGAUGCCUCACGGACGAUGAGACAAAUGGGAAUAUCAGCGAUGACCAUGAGCAGGACAGCAAAUCCGUCGGAUCGACGGAUGAGUUGAUUGGGGAUGAAAAUAAAUACAAGGACGUGGACUUGAACGUGAUCUCGGACGAGGAGUCCAUCGCAGUCGAUGAGAACUAA